AAUUAAUAAAUACACUUUCUUGUAGGUGUUGUUUUUUUCUUUUUAGCAAUAGUGGCCGUUUUUGUCGCGUGUUCUGUAGGGUGUAGGUGUGCUUUUCUUAUAUUAUCGAAUAGAGUGUUCUGAUAGUAAAAGCCCAUGAAAACCAAGCAGAGUUAUGAUGGGAUCUAUAAUGGAAAGAAAUUUGUACAUAGUGGCCUAGUAAACGAAGUAAACGAGGACGUCGGUUUGAAAGGUGGUAGGGUUCUCGACCCUAGUGAUUUCAAAUCUAAUCUUCGGAAAGCUUUGUUUCAAAAAAGUAGGAAGAGAAGUGGAAAAGCGAAAAGGCUUUCACUGAAGCAGGCCGAGCAAUGCGAUCCGCGGCCACCUCGGCAGAGCAAAAAAGUCUCUUCGCCGAGCAGUAAAACGAAAAGGCGGCCACGAAAACCGCAAUGUGAAAUGCAAAGCGAAACCAAAAGGAGAAAACGUUUUGACUCUCGUGGCAAGACGGUCCUUAGUGCAGAAUCGUUUUCCAAUAGCGAAUCCAUCCCGGAUUCUCUGACAAACGAUUCCGACCCCCGUUUUGAUGUGGUCACCGAUGAAAAGUCCGAAUCGGAGUCAAACCUUAAAGUCAACAGUUCGUCCUCACGAUUAAAACGCAACAACCGACCCCCUGGAUUUUUUUGGUUUUGGGUAGACCUCGAUGAAAGACAGACUUGCGAGAGUGUUAAAAAUCUCGAAAAAGAUUUCGAUCUAGUUCUGUCCGUCGACGACUGCGGUCCUUGUGAAAGGAUAAUACCGACAUUUGAAAACGCAAUCACGGACGAUCAAUUGGCCUUAAACGAAGAAGGACGUGUACAAGACCGAUACAGAAAGAGAAAUCAAGCCUCUAUACAAUUUCUUCGGGAAAAAGAAUCAAAUCAGAACUCAAGUUAUUAUGGCAAUAAAAUUACAUCGAGCAAGAGCGAAGGCGAUCAAACUGGCAGUUUGUUAAAGAAAUCCGGUUUGAAUAAGUAUGCCGUACUGCCGAAUAUAAAAGGCAGUCACUCGGAACAAAGUGUCGACACAAGCGCAUUUUUAUGCCGGAUGAGGGAAAAUACAUACGAGCCGAAGGUAAAACCGAAGUAUCCAGUUUUGCCGAACAUCAACGGAACAAUGUACAACUGUACGUACGCGGUAGAUGAAGCCGACGAGACGGUCGAUUUGCUGAGCUGGAGGGAAGACCUGAUAGAACCGAUAACGCUUAAAAAAUACCCGGUCCUUCCCGGUAUUAAAGAAUCGUAUUCGAAAGAUUCUCUGGUUCGGAGCUAUCUUCACUCUCCGGUGGCGACGUGUGACGACGAGGAGGAGACUAUCGCGUUUUUCCUCGGACCGCGUUUGAAGGAGGAAAAAUCCUAUCCGGACAUCACCGCUUCCGUCGAUCCCUUCGCCAAGUCCAGGCUGAGGCCGCCAAGCGAGAGGAGACUGCCACCAAUAGACGACAAAAGGAUGGACGACGUAGCCCAUAGAUUCAACAGGGAGGUAUUGAAAUCCAAAAAAAAUCCGACGGAGCCGUCCAAAAGAAAAAUGAAAACAACGGAUUAUACCCGAUCGUGGAAGAGGGAAGACCCGACAAAAGAUAACCCGUCGGUGUUCCGUGACGUAGUCCUCAAAAUGAGGCAGCAUGACAAUUCCUCAUUUUUUGACGAUACCGAUCUUCAGAAAAAAUGCAUCACUACGAAUAGGCAUGUGAAGGAAGCAGUUUAUAAAUAAUGGAAUUGGUCACAAUAAAAUGAACAUAAACUUUUAUCUCUUACAGAAAAUGAUGAAGCCUAUGUCUUUCGAACCUUGAGGUCCUGGGGGAGAUUCAACAGAGGAAAUGUAAUCUUUUAUUGUAAAUUUUAAAGCUUAGCUAAAAACUGGAUUUAUUAAGUAAAAACGUAUUGGAGAAACGUGAGGACGAAGAAGAAAAGUGUUCAUCUGAUGUUUUUCCUGCAUUCCCGCCAUUAACUGAUGAAAAUGAAUCAAAAAUAUGAACAUUUUUUUAUUGAUACAAAUCAAACAAAAAAC